CUGUUGUUUGUCGUUCAUCCUCGUCGUCACUCUCUUCCACCAUCACUACCCCCCGCCCGCCACCACAUCUCUCAGAGUUUGAGCUUCCUUUUAUAAACUCAGAGAGAGCAGCAGAUAAGGAGAACCCAAAAAUGGUCGCUUUAUUGGUCUCCUCAAGCCUUACAGUCACCGCCUUAUUUUCAUCUCCAUUCCCUUACAAACCCCUCAACCACUUUCACUCUCCUCUUACUUUUACAGCUUUUUCUGGAGAAGCGAAAGCCUUGCACCGCCAGAAGAGAAACUUAUUAGGUUUAUAUAUCAAAGCACAGACUCUGGACUUCUCGGGGUCCUUCUUUGAAGGAGGAGGAGGAUUCGGAGGAGAUGAUGACCCGCCAACCCUAUCCGGGGCGGCGAUUUCGGCUGUUGAAGACAAAGAGGAACCCCAGUGCCCACCAGGCCUUCGACAAUACGAAACCAUGGCCGUUUUGAGACCCGACAUGUCCGAAGACGAAAGACUCGCUCUUACACAGAAAAAAGUGAUGGAGAUUGGCAAGAGGAUGAAUGCCACUGAGUGUAGAUUCAAGCAUGAAGGGAGAGUCACAAAUAGAUACCCUGUUGAAACCAAUGAGGAGAGAUUGCUUGUUGCUGGGGGUGGCAUGUAUGUGGAGGUAUUCAAUCGAGGGGUCAUUCCACUUGCCUACAGCAUCAAGAAGAGGAACAAAGCAGGAGAGACCAACACGUAUUUAGAUGGCAUCUACCUCCUGUUCACUUACUUCACCAAGCCUGAGUCUUUGGCAGUCCUUGAGGCGACACUAAAAGUGGAUGAUGAUGUUAUUCGAUCAUCCAGCUUCAAAAUAAGGAAAAGGAAGUACUGAAUUUAUGUCUUAAUAACUUGUGUAGCUAUGUAAUCAAGGCAAAUAGAAAAUAUAGUUGCGCGUUUUCUCGGCUAGUGUUACGGAUGUCUUUUCUUCAGAGUUGGUGGAAUUUAGUUUUUGAAUCUAAUUGGUGUAUCAGAAUCAGCUGUAAAACAUAUUUAUAUUGCAAGAGGACAUUAAACUGACUUUUGUCGAUUUUUGAUACAGCUGCUUGACAUUAUUGACCAGCUAUAUUGUUUCCGUUUAGAGACUAAUAUAACUAU